AUGAAGAAUUCUAGAGACAAGGGCCAUAAAUUUACAGAGCGAUGGGGAAAUCGAGUCUUCACACUGGAGCCUAUCACACAAGCGGCAGCCCUCGCCAUUAUAGCGGUUGUCAUCGUAAUCGUCAACCUUACCAUCAUCGCGGCAUUUGUCAACUCAAGAGGACCAGGUGAGGUGAUAAACUGCUACCUGCUGUCGUUGGCAGUAGCAGAUCUGCUCUGCGGUCUGCUGGUUGUGCCACUGUCCGUCUACCCGGCCCUCGUCCAGAAAUGGGUCUACGGAGACUUGGUCUGCCGGCUCGUCGGCUACCUGGAGGUGACCCUGUGGGCCGUCUCCGUCUACACUUUCAUGUGGAUCUCCGUGGACAGAUACCUCGCUGUGAGGAAGCCUCUGAGGUAUGAUACGGUUCAAACGAAGAUCAGAUGCCAGUGUUGGAUGGCGUUGACCUGGGUUUCGGCGGCGAUGAUGUGCUGCCCACCACUGCUCGGUUUCAACCAGCCGGUGUUCGACAGCGACUCACUUGUCUGCCUUCUCGACUGGAGGGACAUGGCAGCAUACUCUGCGACGUUGGCUGUCCUCGUCCUCGGCCCUAGCGUCAUCACCAUCACAUACACUUACAGCUAUAUAUUCACGAUGAUGCGACGAGUCAAAUCCGGAGCGCCAAUGCACGAUAAAGAGUACGCGACAGCGCUGUCGGAAAAUCUGGCCAACCCAAGCCAUAUAAUGAGUUUCAUUCUCGUUGUCAUGUUCUGCGUGUCUUGGGCACCGUUCAUCGCCGUCCGGGCCUACGAAGGGACAACUGGGAAUAGGAUUAGUAUCAUUCCGCACAUCCAUUUCGCCGUCUUUUGGAUGGGCGUUCUGAACUCCGUCUGGAAAGCGAUCAUUCUCAUCAUGCUCAGCCCGCAAUUCAGGCUCAUGCUACGAAUUCUAGGGUUCACUCUGUGCUGUCGGCAUCGGGCCAGAAUGCAGAUGGAGCUCAUUGGCAUGGAGGACGAGUAAAGCACUACUACAAAAAUUAACAAAAAAAUUAUUCAUAAUACAUAUAAAACACCACACUAUAAAAAAAACUUAUUAAGAAGCAUAUAUACAUAAAAACAUUAUAUAUGUUAUUUCGCCUUAAAUGUAGGUAUGAGAGGUGUUGUUAAGCUCAAUAUAUGUUUACCCUUCGUGAAAUCCCAUUUAGUACUCCGCGACAAUCAAUUUAUAUUAAGCAGUGCGCAAAUGACCUGACAGUCCAAGUUUUUUUUCUUGUUUACAAGCCUCUAAAUCGUCUCUGGUGUUUUCAUGAAUCUUUGUCCAGUUGCGUUAUCGAUGUUGUAAAAGUUCAGGUAAAUAUAAUCCCCUAUUUAAAAAUACAAAAAUACAAAAAAAUACGUAUAUUAUGUAUAGAUAUUAUUAUAAAAAAGAGUU